AUGGAAACCAGUGAAACAUCAGAUGAUGGUGACCAGUUUAUUGAUGAAGACAUUUUUAAAACAGAUGAUACUGAAACGCAAUUAUUGCCUUGUUCAAGUACCGAAUUAGGAAAUUGGGCAAUCCGACAUAAUAUUACACAUGCAGCUCUAAAAGAUCUCCUACAAAUAAUCAAGAGACAGUAUGAUUCUAGUUUAUUUAUCGAUGCUAGAACAUUAUUAAAAACGCCAAAAAAUACGAAAAAAAGUUGUAAAGUUAUACAGGGUGGAGAAUAUUGGCAUCAAGGUCUUGACGUUUGUCUAACGAACACUUUUAAAAACUUGUCAAAAGACAUGUUAAUACAGCUCAAUGUAAAUAUAGAUGGGUUGCCAAUAUAUAAAAGUUCCAAACGUCAGUUUUGGCCAAUUUUAUGUAGCAUAUAUGAAAUGCCUGAUAUACAACCUAUGAUUGUUGGCAUUUUCCAUGGAAAUAACAAGCCUCUAGAUAUAAAUGAAUUUUUGGAGCCUUUUGUUGAGGAUGUUAAGCGGCUGCAAUCAAAUGGACUCUGUGUUAAUGGGCAUAUGAUUCACAUAAAAAUUAGAUGCUUUAUCUGCGAUUCACCUGCACGGGCAUUUAUUAAAGGUGUAGUCAAUUUCAAUGGGAUUAAUGGAUGCCUUAAAUGCACUACUGAAGGCGAAUAUUCUUAUCUUUCUCGAACUGUUGUAUUUCCUGAUAUAAAAUGUCCUCUUAGAACUGAUGCAAAAUUCAGAAGUAAACAUUAUGGUAAGCACCAUAAAGGGCAAGAGUCACCAAUUUUGAAAAUUUCCGAAGUUGACAUGGUGCAGGAUUUUAUAGUAGCAGAUGAACUACAUCUUUUAGAGCUAGGUGUGAUGAAGCGUUGUCUAACAGGAUGGAAAGAUGGUUCUAUGGGUUUCUCAAGUAAGCUAUGUGCUCGUGAUAUUGAGAGGAUCUCCAAACAUUUAAUAUCUGUGAAACUUCCAUCUGAAAUUCAUCGUUCCACAAGAGGAUUAGAUUGCCUGGCAUACUGGAAAGGAGUAGAAUGGCGCAAUUUUCUUAAUUAUAUUGGAAUUGUUAUUUUAAAAGAUGUGUUGAACACUGACGUUUAUAAACAUUUUUUACUUCUUUUUGUUGCUGUUAGAAUAUGUUCUUCUGACAUGUAUGCUGAAAAUCGUUCGGUUGCCCAAUUAAUGUUUGAAAAAUAUAUAGAUGAUUUUAAGAUUAUUUAUGGCGUACAAUUUAUUACAAGCAACAUUCAUAACUUAGAACAUGUGGUUGAUGAUGUUAAUAGAUUUGGACAACUUUUUACAAUAUCUACGUACCCAUUUGAGAAUACAUUAUUUCAACUAAAAAAAUUAUUGCGCCAAGGAAAUAACAGUUUGCAGCAAAUUGUUAAUAGAAUUGGCGAAAGAAAUUUAAUAUUGAGCAAUGAUACAAAAAAGACAAGUUUACAGCCAGAAAUUAAGAAAAGGGGGAAUGUUAUCAAGUGCUACAUUUAUUCUCAUAAUUUUUGUUUAAGUAAUGUUUUCAAAAAUUCAUGGUUUUUAACAAAUGACAAUGACAUUGUUCAAAUGAAUUCUGCAUCAGAAAAAGGUGGUAAAAUAUUCAUACAUGGAAAAUCUGUUAAGAAAAAAGAAGAUUUCUUUAGUUAUCCCAUUCGAUCAUCAAAUUUACACAUAUAUAUUUGCAACAUUACAAAUUUAAAUAAUAUGAAACUUUAUUUGCUAGAGAAUGUUGUUUGUAAAAUGGUUGUUAUAAAAUACAAUGAAAGUAAAAUUGUUUUUAUUCCUCUUCUACACACUAUUAAAAAUAAACAAAACUUGAAUGUAAAUUAA